AUGUUUCUGGAGCUCAAGUCCGUCGAAGUGGCGGAACAGAUGACCCUGAUCGACUUCAACAUGUUCAAGAGCAUCCGGCCACAAGAGUUGCUGAGCGGGGCAUGGAACAAGGAGCCGCUCAAGUACCGCGCGCACCACGUCAUCAACCUCAUCAAUCGGGCCAACUCCGUGUCGCUCUGGGUGGCGGGCAUGAUUCUGCUGCAACCCACCUCCAAGACGCGCCGCAAAAUGUUCUCCAAGUUCGCAGUCGUGGCAGCGCAAUUGAGGCAGGUGCACAACUACCACAGCCUCAUGGCGAUCAUUUCAGGACUCAACUUGUCUGCCGUCAGUCGGCUCAAGACCGUGAAGGAGGACAAAGCCAACAAGGUGGUGAACCAGCUGGAGGACUUGAUGAAUCCCGAGGCGUCGUUCAAGAAAUACCGCGACGCCCUUCAUGGCGUGUACCUGAGCGAUCUCACGUUCAUGGAGGACGGCAAUUCGGACACGCUCGAGGGGCUGAUCAACAUCAACAAGCGCCGCAUGGUCUACAACAUCAUCGAGAGCGUGCAGCAGUAUCAGCUGACGUGCUACACGUUUGAGAAGCGGGAGCCGCUGUACACGUUCCUCGCCGAGCUGCCGGUCCUGAGCGAGGCCGACCUGUUCACGCUCUCCCUGGCCCGCGAGCCGCGCGAGAAGCCGGUCACCGGCAAGACCAUCCGCGGCACCACCAUCAGCACCCCGGCGGCCAUCAACACCACCAUGCCCAGCGGGAAGACGGCGGCCUCGAUGCCGGAGCCCACGUUGAAGGACGCGGCCUCGCGGGACUACAAGACGAUGCGCUACGGGAGCACGUCGACGACCGAGCAGAAGCAGAGCCAGCUCAACUCGCCACCGAUCACUUCAGCCUCGGUGCCCAAUCUCAAGCGCGUCAUGAACCCCCACCAAUCCGACGCCCUUCUCAAGAACGCCAACGCCGCCUUUCCGACCCGCUCGGGCCUAUCGGCGUCGGCGUCGGCAGCCGCCUCGCCAUCAUCGCCGCCGGCUGCCACCACUCCCAACCUGGGCUCGCAGCUGUUGCAACGCGGCACGAUGCCGUCGCGCUCCAUCUCGCUGCCGCCCGACGAGCCGGAAACGAACGGACCUCGGCGCGCGUUUGCGUUGGCCUCGUCGGCGCCCUCGUCCCCUGUCAACCCGUCGUCGCCCACGGCCUGCCCCAAGCUGGCCCAGCGCCGCCCGCCGCCCACGCCUCCCACGGCCACCAGCCCCGCCACUUCGGCGCCGCCGGAGGUGGUCAACCUCAGCUCGCCGCCGGCGCGGGUGGCGUCAGCCUCAGCCCUGGCCUCUCCGCCGCCUCGGCCGUCGCGCACCACGUCGCCCUCCUUCAUCUCCUACCCGCCACGGAGGUCGCCCAACGACACGUCGUGA